AUGAAAGAUUGGUUGAAGGCCAUGGCGACUUUCAUGAAGAAGUUCAAAAGGAAGCGCAGAGUGUCCACGGAACUCCACUCUCGCUGGGGUGAUGUUUCUAUUACCUAUCCCACACAAGGGUCCUGGAACCAGUGGGAUCAAUCCUCUGGUUUCGUCGCGAAUGCGCCAGCGAGGGAAAACACACAGUCUGAAGAAAAUCAAAAAUAUCUCCCGGCUGGCUCCCUACGCCAGCCGAGUUCUAGUGCCUCGAGCAGACGGUCGCGAAGCACAGGCCCCCGAGAAUACCAAGUGGGAGAUCCCCCAUCCUUCCCAACUGGAUAUUUUGUUCAAAACAUACGGCGUCGCGUUGGAGAUAGAGAUACCCACACACCGCCAGCUCAUACACCACCAAGUCAAGGACUCGGCCUUGGUGAUCUGAGGGGCGGGCCAAAUCGCGGACGUUCAAGCUCUAUUAUUGACGAUUGCACCACCGAUGAGUCGUGCGACGAAGAAAACGAAGAAGAAGAACGAGAUAUUAUGGGCCCACGAAUUAAGUUAAGCCCCCGAGAAUACGGCGGAGAUAUGUCGCACACAGCACGCGACGAUCCCGAAGAUUUUGAUAUCCCAGCCAAGUCUCCUCCGCUCUCUGUGACUUCGCGCAUGCGCCGUUGCAGCCUCCAAAGCUGUGCAACAGAACCCACAGCGUCCAUAUCCGGUGGCACCAACUCAAGACGAACGAGCUGUACUGCUGCAUCCUCUACCUCUGCCCCCUCUAUGCCACCCUCGACACCUCGAGUCGCAUACAACACCCCAAAACAGCCUCCUUUCCCAGAGAAAAGAUACCCUUCCCGUACGAAACAUCGGGAACUUGAGUCUGCGCCUCCACAGGAAAUGGUGCCUUCUUAUGAUGAGCUCUAUGGUUGA